UUCACUUCACUUCACUUCACUUUACUUCACAUAACAACAACGUAACACCAUUAAUUAAUACUGAUCAUCGGCAAUGGCAUCACUACUGAUCACGCGGCUUCCAUUGUUCUUGCUGUUGUCGCUAAUGAUGAUGAUCAUCCCAAUCCCAGCUGAAGCCGGUGGCAAGAAAUGUGGUACUCCGCAGGGACGUCCUAUUUGCGGCGGGGGCGAAUUCUCCUACACAAACACGCAGGAUGCAUUACUAUCAAGCUUCCGAGUAUAUUUGGGCUGCCGGCCGGCCGACAAGCUUUCUGAGCCAAUUACGGUCUACGGACAUUCUUGGUGUCGCGAUAUUGAUACUGGUAACAACUGCCCUAGCUGCUUGAGUGAUGCGAUCCAUGCCAUAGAAGGCCAGUGCCCUAACAGAGCUGGAGCUCAGUACGCGACGGAGGAUUGUUGUGUUCGAUAUGAGACCUACGACUUCUGUUCCUCUUGAUCAUGUUGAUUGAUCGAGAUGAUUAUAUGAAUAUUGUUGUAUGAGUUUUGUGUGCUUCUAGUUUUCAUUUACGUACACCGGCGUUUUGAUUGGUUACAAUCGGAACUAGCUAGCUAUGAUCAGUUGCCGCCGGCCGGCGAUGUACUCUUUUAUGUUGCGCAGCUAAUAAAUUAGCUCAAUCUCUUUAAUGAUGAGUGGGCAUAGUAAUUAAUAAUUACAUUAUUUUGUAAUCCUGGGUUGGGUUGAAAAAGAAGUGGUUAAGAUCUAUAUAUAUAAGCAUCUCUUCUAAUAAUGUUAUUGGAAAGAU